AUGCCUCCCAAGAAGGGCCAGCGUAAGUCGAUGCCUGCGCGCAUCAAUAAGGCACCUACAUUGACACCUUCUCGGCGCUCGCCCCGAGUACCUCCCCCGUCAAAAAGUACAAAUGAGAGCGUUCAGCCCGCCAAAACGUUGAACCUUACAUCCGCCUCUCCUCCAGACAAUUCUAUCAAUAUUCGUUUCUACACUCCAACCCCACCUGUUCCAAGUCCUGCUUCACGGGGCACAUCCCCAGAAACACCAUCUUCACGUCGGCGAGCCUUUCAGUCUCGUCCGUCACGUCUUUCAACUGUUCACACUCCAGCCCUAGAAGCCCCGGCCACCAACCCGGGGAGUCGACGGACGAGACGAACAGCUGCACUUGAAACGCCGAAGCCAGCAGUCUCGGAUAUUGAUUUUCCAGAUAGCACUGGCAACCCCAGCUGGACGUUUGACCAGUACAUGGGUAGCUUUGAAUCAGAAGGAACAGUUGACGGACCCUCGAGCCCCACCAGUGCUUCCGACAUGCGUAACUCAUCCCGGGUUCGCAAGCCCACCAUGAGGGCCAUUGAAUCUUUUGAAUCAUGUAAGAAGAAACCUCGCCGCAAGAAUACGAUUAUGUCAACCCCGACCGAGGAAACUCCUGCCCCCGUGGCUACCGUGGUGACCAAGGUUGUGAAGAACAAUGUGUCCAAGAAACCCAUGAAGACAACCAGAAAGUCAAAGAGAAUGUCCAAUUUGAACAUGCGAAAGAACGCAAUCUUGAUUGGUUUCGAUAUUGACGCAAAGGUGGCUGGCAAGAAGCUCUAUGACUUGACUGUGCAGGCUCUCAGCCCUGAGUUUACCCUCCCUUUGAAUUUCCCUGUGUUCUGGGAGCAGCAGCGAAGUGAAUACUUCCGCCUCCAAGAUGAAGAGAAAUAUGGCGUCGACACGCCAGCCACCAAACCCACCUCAUCGAGUGAUGUUGAUGUUGAUGUUGAUGUUGAUAUCGAUAUGAUCAACCAAGAACUCCCGGCACCUGCAAUCUCUCCUUCUCCUCCAACUCCACCCACCGCAGUCACCGACGGCUCAAGCAUCUUGAGCUACAAAAAGCAGUCUGACACCAAGGUCAGCAGCGAUGGCUGGAUUCAGACUGGCUACGUCAACUCCAGCGGCGAAGAGGUUGCUUUGAUUCCCGACAAAUGCCACCCUUAUUAUCCAGCCCAUACUUACGGCUACGAGGGUCUUCCUUUCCCCCCGGUGCGCGCCAGAUCCAGCCAGCAAGCUGAGGCCGAUAUCUCUCACAGCUUCGCUCCACUCAUGGGAGACCGUAAUCUCCCAUCCGACGCGAUGUUCCCCUUCGUCACUGAAAAUGUCGAGGAGGAGAAGGCCAGGGCCCUUGCUCGGGCCCCUGCGCCAGCCCCUGCGACUAAGAAGCCCCGCGCCCGAAAGCGCCGUCAGACCGCGGCCGCAGAUGCCGCCGACGAGCCCGCUGCAGCUGCUCCCGCCACUACUACCGAGACCGGUGGACGCAAGUCACAGCGUCGCCGUCGCCAGACCGCUCCUGCUGUUGCUGCUGCCCUUUCUGCUACCUCUCCCACUUCUCCUACUUCUCCUACUUCUCAUUCGACUACUGCGACAAAAGUCCAGUCUUCGGGCCCGGCCGCCUCCGUCGCCCCCGCUGCCACCGAAGGCGAUAAGCCUAAGGUGCAGCGGCUCCGGUUGACCUUGAAGCCGGAACCCAAGACUGAGACCUCCGGGAAUGAGGCCUCUGCUUCCAAGCAAGCCCCCGCCGUGCAGUCCCCUUCCUCCCCCGCCCCCUCACGUGCGCCAUCCCCCGCACCGACCAACAAGCGCCGCCGCCGCCGGGGCGUGUGA